GAGUCCGGGGCGGGACCGGGACCGGGUCCGGGUCAGGCGGUGCCGGCGCUGCGGGAGGGGCUGCUCGGUGUCCCCGCCGGACGCAGUCAUGAUCCACAGCCUGUUCCUCAUCAACGCCUCGGGGGACAUCUUCCUGGAGAAGCACUGGAAGAGCGUGGUCAGCCGCUCCGUCUGUGACUACUUCUUCGAGGCGCAGGAGAGGGCCUCAGAAGCGGAGAACGUGCCGCCCGUGAUCCCCACGCCGCACCACUACCUCCUCAGCGUCUACCGGCACAAGAUCUUCUUCGUGGCCGUCAUCCAGAGCGAGGUGCCGCCUCUCUUCGUCAUCGAGUUCCUGCACCGCGUCGUGGAUACCUUCCAGGAUUAUUUUGGUGUCUGCUCUGAGGUGAUGAUCAAGGACAAUGUUGUGGUGGUUUAUGAGGUACUGGAGGAGAUGCUGGACAAUGGCUUCCCAUUGGCAACAGAGUCUAAUAUUCUUAAGGAACUGAUAAAACCUCCUACCAUCCUGCGAACAGUUGUCAACACCAUCACAGGAAGCACUAAUGUGGGUGACCAGCUCCCUACUGGACAGCUCUCAGUGGUGCCUUGGAGACGUACUGGUGUCAAGUAUACCAACAAUGAGGCAUAUUUUGAUGUGAUUGAGGAGAUAGAUGCAAUUAUUGACAAAUCAGGUUCCACGAUUACUGCUGAAAUCCAAGGGGUGAUUGAUGCUUGUGUCAAGCUGACUGGGAUGCCAGACCUUACACUCUCCUUUAUGAACCCACGGCUGCUGGAUGAUGUCAGCUUUCAUCCCUGUGUGCGUUUUAAGCGCUGGGAGUCAGAGAGAAUCCUCUCCUUCAUUCCACCUGAUGGAAACUUUCGCUUGCUCUCCUACCAUGUCAGUGCUCAGAAUCUUGUGGCAAUUCCUGUCUAUGUUAAACACAACAUCAGCUUCCGUGACAGCAGCUCCCAAGGACGUUUCGAGAUUACAGUGGGGCCAAAACAGACCAUGGGGAAGACUGUAGAGGGGGUGAUGGUCACUAGCCAGAUGCCAAAAGGCGUCUUAAAUAUGACCCUCACACCCUCUCAGGGAACACAUAUCUUCGAUCCAGUUACAAAGUUGCUGUCGUGGGAUGUGGGGAAAAUAAACCCUCAGAAGCUGCCAAGCCUGAAGGGGACCAUGAGCCUGCAAGCUGGGACAUCAAAACCAGAUGAAAACCCCACCAUUAACUUGCAGUUUAAAAUUCAGCAGCUAGCUAUAUCUGGACUGAAGGUGAACCGUUUGGACAUGUAUGGGGAGAAGUACAAGCCCUUCAAGGGGAUAAAAUACAUGACUAAGGCUGGCAAGUUCCAAGUCCGAACCUAGAGGAUCCUGAUAGUGAGGAAGAGCACUUCCCUGUUUCUCCUGUCCCUGGCUGUUGGAUGCAGCCUCUUACCCCAUCUAUCUGUUUAGGGUAGCUCCCUUGCCUGUAGUAGCAUGAGCAGAAGAGCCAGUGCUUAAGAGUACUGGGGAGCAGCAAAAAGCAAGGUUGACCUGAAGCCAUCUGAUACCUAGCAGAUUCUGAAGUAUUUGGAACCGUGGCAGAUGGGAAAGGUGUUCAGGUCCCUUGGGAUUGGUGAGUCAGCUAUGGAAGCUUGUAUCACCUUUGUUUUGCUGCCCUACAGGAAAUUCUAGGGAUUUAUUGCCUUUUUUAACUCCUUUACGUUUUCAUUGGCUUCUGCCCCUUUGCAGAUAACACAAACUGGAAUUUCCACAAACUUCAAUUCCAGAGUGGUGAUCCAGCAGGUGCCUUGCACCAUCACUGGGUGUUAGGGUGGAGAGCUGUAUAGUUCCUUGUAGCACAGGGAUCAUCUAUCCAUUCUGCCUCAAAGGGUGAAAAGAUACCUUGUCUUACCUUGGAUGGGCAGGCAGCUAAGAAGCCUAAGAUGGGGGAUGGUGCCACAGAGGGAGGAAGAGAAGUGGAUGCUUUUGCUAGAUAUUUCAUAAGGCAUCUUGGUCAUCAGAUAUCUUGAAUCUCUGAAGAUCCUUGGUAUGGCCCACCCAGAUCUUUGGUAUGGCAUCCUUUGAAGGGCUGACUGUAGCACUUGUCAUCUUGCAGCUCUUGGGUGGUGACAUCUGAAUAAUUCUGCUGCUCCUGUAUCUUUCAUCAGUGUUUGAAGGUAGGGGUUCUUUUAGUUUCUUUGUACAGUCAGGGGAGAGAGAGGCAGGAGAAUUUUUGUGGAAACAACAUGUGGAAGCUGAAGCUGUGGCUAAAUGAAGACCAGCACUUGUUGGAAACUCCUUUUGUCUCUGCCUGCCUAUUGGAAAUGAAGGUGAUACUGCUGCUCUCCUGCUCACUCAUGUCUGGUCUUAGAGAUAAUUGUAUCUUGAUACCUUUCUAGUGUUUCUGUCUAUCCUACCUCAUUCCAGUUCCUGUACCAACCAACUGCUGUGCAGGUGGAUUCAAGCCUAUGUUGGAUUUUUCACUGGGACCAUCUCUUCUGCAGGAGCUCUUUCUGCAUCUGCCCAUUCCUGUCUGUGCUGCAUCUCUCUGUACAGCCUAAAUAUGAAAUGAGAGGCAUCUGCAUUGUUCCAUAUUGUCUGUAAUGUGUUCUUUGGCCACUAGAUGCCUGUGUGUUUGCUCUGUGGUAGCAGAACUUGUCACUAAUUGCUGUACAUGUGACUACAGCAUCUGUCAUGUGGCUGUGCAAUCCUGCACAUACAUCUUGUGAACAGAAAAAGCUGACCCUGAAUGAAGGAUAACAUACAUUCUGCUUUGAUACAGUGGAUACCUGCAGUGUUUGAGUGGCAUCUUGCUCGUGGCAUUGCAAGUUCCAGUGCAGUGGAUGAAUGUGAUAGCAGGCAGCCUUACUGCUGAGCAUGUUCAGUGCAAAUGUAACCUUCAGCAAGGGCAUCAAUAAAAUUAAUUUUU